AUGGGACGGGAGGGGUGGGCGGCGGCGAUUGUCGGAAGCGUGGGUCAGGAAUGGGAUGUUGAGAGAAGGUUCCGGGUUACUGAAGUGGCAUUGGCCAUUAUGUGGUGCUGCGCAUCCGCAUAUCUUUCUUACUUCUUUGCUGAUUGUAUGAUGUCCCGAUGGCUUUUGAAUUACACCCCGCCGGCCGUUGUGAUUCGUCUUUUGACAACAAACGGCUUGAUUGCAUAUAUCACUUCUUGGGUCCUCUAUCUUUCUGGUGCAUCGUCUGAUCCUCGACUUCUCCUACCAGCCUGGAUCUCAAUAACCACCACUCUUACUUUCGUCUACCACGCAACCCAAAAUCAUGCAACCAUCAAGCGCGAAACUGCAGCGUCUCUGUUGGUUGUAUCCGUUGCUAGCUUUGUUAGCAUGUCCUCACUCUUGAUGCAGCUGCAUCUGACCCGCGAAAACGAACCGGAGGUCCCUGUAUUCGUGAUUACCCGAAAGCUAUGGGACUGGGCUGUUGCAAUAUUUCUACGCAUGCGAGUUGCGAACGACCGUGUCGCCGGCGGAGAACUGUAG